CUUCUCCUCAAAAAAGUGAAACACAAAAAAGUGAACUUUCAGUGCAUACAUUUCAAGAUUACGAAGAACUUCAUGAUGAAUAAAAGGGAAUCUCUAACUUGAUCACAAACCUUCAUCUUCAUUAGCAUUCCUCUUUAUUCUUGCAAAGAUGCCAGUCGCUUCAACUUCUUCCACAAACCAAAAGCAUAGCCAUGUUGAUAUUCUCAUCUUGGGUGCUGGUCCAACUGGAUUAGGAGCAGCACGCAAAUUAACCAAACAAAACAAUCAAAAUUGGUUAAUGAUCGAUGCUGCCGAUCGUGCAGGUGGAAUGGCAGUAACAGAACGUGAUGAAAAAGGAUUUUUAUGGGAUAUGGGUGGACAUGUGAUUCAUUCCCAUUUUGAUGCAUUUAAUGAUGCAAUCAACAGCCAUAACGAUUGGGUUUACCCACAAAGAGGUGGUUGGGUUCGUGUGGAAAACGCAUGGUGUCCAACUCCAAUUCAAAGACAUCUGGGUAACCUCAAGAAAGGUGAACAAAUUUGCCAAGAAAUCAAUGAAAUUCAAUCAAAAGGCGUUUCAAUGGCCGAUCAAGAAGCUAAAAAUCUUGGUGAAUACUUCAGUAGCACUUUUGGACCUACCCUUAACGAUAUCUUCUUCACACCUUUCAAUUCAAAACAAUGGGCUUGGCCUUUGGAUAAACUGAAUCAUACCUGGACAAGUUUGCGGGCCGGAAGUAAGGCUGCCAAUGUUCCAAAGCCUAAAUCUGUCGUUACUUCCUCCGAUCAACCAGAUGAUAUUAGCAACUUCCCAUACCCCAGACUUGGAACGGGAGAUCUAUGGCAAUCUGUCGCCCGCGCUUUGCCAGCUGAUAAACAACGCUACAAUACAUACGUCACUUCAAUUGACUUGGAUGAGCACACUGUUACGCUGGAUAACGGAGAAACGGUUUCUUACGGACACUGCAUCUCCUCCCUUCCUUUGAGCGUUUCGAUUGAAUUGGUAAAUGCAGCAAAACCGAAUGCCGCAAUCCCGAUCAGCUUGAAGCCUUUGUUGAAGCAUUCCUCAACCACAGUUGUCGGUCUUGGAUUCGAUGGUCCUCUACCGAAAGAAUUAGAGGGAAAGACCUGGGUUUUCGGAGCAGAUGCAGAUGUUUCAUUCCACAGAUGUACAAUCUUGACAAACUUUUCGCCUUCUUUAUCCGAAGGUGAAAAUGGUUCAGGCUCACGUUGGAGCGUGAUGUUUGAAACUGCAUCAUCUGAGCAUCGUCAAAUUGAUAUCAGACCGGACGUUCUGGCAAAGAAGCAUUUGGCCGAAUUGCGUCGUUGGGGAGCAGUCAAGGAAGAUCAAGAACCAAUUUCGACGUGGAGUAGACAUUUACAGCUAGGAUAUCCAAUUCCAUUCCUAGAACGUGAUGAAGUAUUAUUAUCUGAUGAUAACAGUUCUGGAAUCAUUCAAAGGUUCGAGAAGUUUGGAUUCGUUCAGCGUGGUAGAUUUGGUGGAUGGCGAUAUGAGUCCUCCAAUCAAGAUUAUGCAUUCGUACAAGGGUAUGAAGCAGUUGAUCUUAUUCAAACUGGUGCACAAGAAUCAAUUUAUUGGCCCGGAAGAGCAGAUAAGGUUACCCUUCCCGCUGCACCUAAAUCUAAGUCUAUCCAAUCACCCACCACUCCGUCUGAAGUCGCCUCUGCUGCUGGAACGCAAUGUCUGCUUCCAAAUGCAAACGAGACAAACGGACAUGGUAACCAAGAACACUAUAAACAAAACGGCGGAUCAUUGGUUCAUGCUCAAUAAACGCUUUGCCAUAGGACACUCUCUCAUUAUAUACCUCUUCUUUUCUUCGCUUUUUCAUCUCUUUGGGUUUGUGAGUUAUAUUUAUUGAUUAUAGAUCCUUGAUUGCAAUAUUUGAUUUCAUUUUUACCGUUU